AUGGAGCCGUCUCUGAAGGCAGAGACAAGCAAUGGCAAUCUGGCUGGAAACGUAAUAGAAACGACAAAUUUUUCACUUAAACAAUCUCACAAUGAACAAGGAAAUAUCCUAUCUUUGCAAGUAACAAAAGAACAUACACAUUCAGUGGAGUCACCAUCGCAUUACAAUGCCAAUAUUAUUAAUGCGCGACGUGAAUUGACGGGCCACACAUGCGAGCAACAGGAAACACGUACGGGAAAUGAUGACGAUAUUUACAUUGAAGACGAAGAACUCCAAUAUCCUCAAUCGCCUAGUUCCUCCUCCAAGGACACCCCCUCAUCACCGGUUGCUCCUUUCCCCCAUUGUUCGCGUACAGACCAACAUGUCGAUUUUGAUCGUAUUCAACAACAGGUCCAACAACCUCCAAUCCAACAUUUACCCCCACGAUCCCAAGCCUAUUCGUACGCUUACCUCCAGUCUACGGCGCAGCUUGAUGCGCGUGUACAUGACAAUGACCAAGAGUCACUGUCGGACCCGCUUUCAUGUCCCGCUGCUGCUUCUCCUUCUCAUAAAAUUGAGGUGUCGCCGAUCCCAUCGAAGUCCGACAUAGGCGUCCAGGUGUCUGAAUUCCAAUUGGGUAUCCCAUCGACCACUUUGGAGCAAAAGAUUACUCGUCUCCUAGAAGAAGCUGCGGCAGAGAGGCGCGAGAUGGUGUCUUCAAUUCGACGGCUUGAGAAAAGGAUCGAAACCCUUCAGAACGAUACAGGAAGAGUGCACACUUGCUCAUGUUCUGUAAUGAAGCCUCAAACCUGUAAGCGAAAACGAGCAGACGAAGACCUUGAAGUUGUCAUCGGGCAUUGA